AUGAACCGUCUAUUCGGAGCAAAGAGCACGGCGCCCAAGCCAACCCUCAACAGCGCCAUCUCAAACGUCGACACACGGAUAGAAAGCCUUGAUGUCAAGCUUGCCAAGCUCAACGCUGAGCUUUCCGCCUACCAGCAGAAGCUUGCAAAGAUGCGCGACGGCCCUGGCAAGACCGCCAUCAAGCAGAAGGCACUGAAGGUUCUCCAGCAGCGCAAGAUGUACGAGUCACAGCGAGACCAGCUUCAGGCCCAAUCGUGGAAUAUGGAGCAAGCCGGCAUGAUGCAGGACAACCUCAAGAACACCAUGACCACCAUCGACGCCAUGAAGACGACCACCAAGGAGCUACGGAAGCAGUACGGCAAAGUCAAUAUCGACAAAAUUGAGAAGCUGCAGGAUGAGAUGGCCGAUCUUAUGGACAUAGGAAACGACAUUCAAGAUGCAAUAAGCCGCAGCUACGAUGUGCCAGAAGACGUCGAUGAGUCGGAGCUGGACGCUGAACUGGAGGCACUCGGUGACGAGGUCGACUUCGAGGGUAUUGGCGAAUCGUCGAGUGUACCUGGGUUCUUGACUGAGGACACCGCACCACCAACGUUCAUUGACGAGGCGCCAGAGCCAAAGGUCAAGGAGGCUGCGGGUUGA